ACCACGUCAAAUAUACAAUUGUUGGCGCCAUCACUCUCUCACUCAGUAGCUGAAGCGAAGAGGAAGCAGAGGACCGAAACGCAGAGCCCCAAACCAAAACGACAACAUCGUUUCUCACCAAUGGCGGAGGCACUAUCUCCCGUGGUCAUGGACCUCGACGACAACGACCAAAGCAACAACUCUGUCAAGCCCAAUAACAAAAACGAUAAGGGCAAAAACGUCGUCGUCGUCCCACCGGAGUCCAAAGCCGUCCCCUGGGUCGAGAAGUAUCGCCCUCAGUCUCUCGCCGACGUUGCUGCUCACCGUGAUAUCGUGGACACCAUUGAUAGGCUGACGAGCGAGAACAGAUUGCCCCAUCUCCUAUUGUAUGGCCCGCCUGGAACAGGCAAAACAUCGACUUUCCUGGCUGUGGCACGAAAGCUUUACGGAGUACAAUACCACAAUAUGAUUUUGGAGCUGAAUGCAUCGGAUGAUAGGGGAAUUGAUGUUGUGCGACAACAGAUCCAAGAUUUUGCUAGUACUCAGAGCUUCUCUUUUGGCAGUGCAAAGUCAUCUGUAAAGUUGAUCUUAUUGGAUGAGGCUGAUGCUAUGACAAAAGAUGCACAAUUUGCCUUGCGUAGAGUGAUCGAGAAAUACACAAGAAACACUAGGUUCACACUUAUUUGUAAUCAUGUCAACAAGAUUAUUCCUGCCCUACAAUCAAGAUGUACUCGAUUUCGUUUUGCUCCACUUGAUUCUUUUCAUGUCACUGAGCGACUCAAACAUGUUAUAGAAGCUGAAAAGCUUGAUGUACCUGAAAGUGGGUUAGCGGCACUAGUACGACUUAGCAAUGGUGAUAUGAGAAAGGCUUUGAACAUUUUACAGUCUACACAUAUGGCUUCUCAGCAGAUAACAGAAGAAGCUGUAUACCUGUGCACUGGAAAUCCGUUGCCCAAAGACAUAGAGCAGAUAUCAUACUGGCUUUUGAAUGAAUCAUUUUCAGAGAGUUUCAAACGAAUAUCUGAAAUGAAGACGAGGAAAGGAUUGGCCUUGGUAGAUAUUGUGAGAGAGGUGACAAUGUUUGUUUUCAAGAUCAAGAUGCCAUCAGAUGUUCGAGUCCAGUUGAUUAAUGACUUGGCUGACAUAGAGUACAGGUUGAGUCUUGGAUGCAACGAUAAGUUGCAACUCGGAUCCCUGAUUGCUUCUUUUACACGAGCUCGCUCAGAUUUGGUUGCUGCUGCAAAGUAAUUGUGUUUAUCUCUACAUGGGCUGUUUCUUUCCCUUGGAAUCUACUUAAUGAGGCAUAUGGUUUAUUUCAUCUCUCCAUGGGCACACCAAGUAGAUAGAAUUUCGAGACAUUCGGUUUGACUUUGGCUCCAGAAUUGGAUGUUAACUUAUGUAGUCUGCAAGCCACUUGACUUAAAGAAUGUAAAGGUGUAAGUUUGCAAUUGUGCCUGCAGUCAAGAUUUUAUUUCCCCAACUAAAGCAAGGGGAUCUCAAA